AUGUCAACCCCCAACCACCCAUACGAAGUCUCCCUCUCCGGAUCCUUCACCGGCUCUCCGCAAGCAGUGCUCGACAGGCUAAGCCUGCACUGUUCCUCCUCUCGCGCGCUCAAUAUGCGCGAGGUGGUGUUGGAACCGAGGUGGUGGGACGGGCAAGGAGAGGGGGUGUUGCUCAGGUGUAGGAGGGAGGAGGGGAGAUGGUCCCUCUGUGCACUGAUGCGACCAGAACCGGAGCGGCUAUACCCAGACGUGACCGUCCGCGCCGCCAUCUACAGUUUUGUCCAUUCCGGGGACGCGCUCGCGUUCGCCUCUGGCCUGGGUUACAAGAGGAAAACAGAGCUUUGGAGGAAAGGGUAUACGUUCUUUAGAGGUGAUCUGGUCGUACAUGUCUUUAGAAGCGAAGCGGUAGACUCCCACUCGAACCUCCCCGUCCCUCCCCACCCUUCAGCACCGUACGAAGUAGAGAUCAAAUCCGCCCCUCAGCGUCAUUUGGGCGAUACACACGCGCCUUCCCCUCUAGUGGGGGUGGUGGAGGAAGUAUUGGAGAUCAGGACGCUGUUGAAGGGGUUGGUAGAUCUGGAGAGGGCGGAGGUGUGAGCAGGUGGGAAGAGGGUCACGAUUUUGGUGUUGUUUAGGGAGAAGGAGUCGUCUGAUGGAGAGGAAGAGGAUAUCAUGAGGUUACGAAACAAGCACUAGUGAUCAUUGCAUCGGACGCGAAAGAAGUGGGCCUGGCCCAGCUCCAACUAUCUGAUAGCGAAUGCCCGGGAUAACGGCAUACUCCGCAUUCAGAUCAGAUCGAAUAGGAGGCGUACAGCCCGUCUCUACGCCCAGCAGGAAAAGAAGUGCAUUGCGGGAAAGAGUGUACAAUAGCGGUUGAUACGAUUUAUUGUCGGCGAUCACUUCUUUACCGGCUUGUUUUUUGGACGUCGACUUCUGAGGAUAUCUGUUACCAGUACUUGUGUGCCUCUAGGCUGUGCGUGGUCACCUGCUGACUGUCCAGUUAGGCUGACUGGUUAUGAGAGGGACUGGACUCGAGUCAUACUGUAUAGAGUAUCUACAAUAUUAAUAUUAUC